AUGACGAUUAGCGAUGUAACCAGCAAUGAAAGUGAUGACCCCGACCAACCCUUGGCAAGAUCGAUGAUUUCCAGUAUACUAAAUCGCCCCGGUGAGAUAGUCUACAUCAUAGUUCCGAGGACUGUAGAUCCUACUAAAAGAAUAGAUCCAGAGUCAUCGAGGCCUUGGAUAGAUGGUAAUAUGACAGUGGCAUCAAAUCCUUGGCGACUCCAAGGAUAUGGUGCAGCAGUAUGUUCGCUACAGCCAUGUAUCCGCAAUUACAAGGCGAGCAUUAACGGAACUCGACUUACUGAACACUCGAUCUCCAGCAGUCCAACUGACUCCUGGGGCUUUAGUUCAGGAGGCAAUAAUGAAACCGGUGAAGGAUGGAAUUGGAACGGAAUGAUUGAUACACACUGUAUAUCGGAAGGUGAAAGGGACGGAUUGUCAGAACAAGGCUAUAAAUUUGACAGUUCUUCACGAUGGCUUGCUUUCAACAGGUCUUUCAUCCCGUCUCAAGUUGAAGAUGACAUAGUAUCAUCCCUUUUUUCACACCAUUGCUUAUAUAUGGCAAAUAUGUUGGGCGGAAAUUCAUUAUUAUAUGAUUUCAUGCACGACAACUUCCAGGGCGAUGCAUCAAGCUCGAGACUAAAUUUUGGAAUUCAUGGAGAAAAUAAUAGGACAACUUCAUUUGAUGGAUUGGUCGGUCCUCGAAUGAUGUUGGACUUGUAUAAUAAUGGCUACAUUGAAUUUGAACAUGUACAGGAAACAUUUUCAAACAUUUCAGACAUAAUCACGGCUUGGAUACAAACACAUGGGAACAGUACUUUUUCAGAUCCCGCUGUUGGGAAAGUCCUACACUAUGCAACAUGUUUGCGCGUUCAAUGGUCGUGGAUAGCAUUUCCAGCAACCUUGGCAGUACUUUCACUGGUCUGUCUCGUGGCUGUGAUUACCGUUAUGGAUAGACAGCAAGUACCAGUAUGGAAAUCCUCACCGUUGGCAUUGAUCAUGAGAGGAUCAAACACAGAGUUUUGGUGCAAACCUACCGCCGACGCGAUGGAGGAAAUGUCUAAGGAGAUCACUGUCAUUCUUAUAAAAGGGUCUGAUCCACAAAUACAGGUUGUGCGAAAAGAUUUCGGGCUCGUGGAUAUGGCUCACAGAGGAAGAAAUAAUUCGAAUCAAACUCUGAAGGACAAUGUGCCAGAAUGA